AUGGACAACAGCGCCGCACCGGUGGCGCGCAAGAUGUGUCGUGGAUGCCGCACCGAAAAAGACAUCGGCCAGUUUCAUGACCUUCGCGGUAAUGGGAAGAUAUGGCGACUGCUCGGGACCAACGUGCUGCGAUCCAGCGUCGCCAUCGCGCGGCAGCAAGACGAAGACCAAGCCCCGUUUCGGCGGGCCUUGGAAGAACUGCGAAAAGCUGAUGUGUCAGUACCCUCCUGGGAGCUCCUCGCUUCGAGGUGUUCUGUCAAGCUCUCUCCCGAGGAGGUUGACAGCUUUGCUGAUGCGCUUCGCAUCUAUCCCACCAAGACCCAGGUCGUCGAGUACAACCACCAACACAUGCUUGGCCUGGACAGCCCCGCCAUUCAGGUCGAGGCAAAGCACGAGGGUGUUGGUGCGGAGGAGGUUGAAUCCUCAAAUGCCGGCAACUUGGCCAAGCGCUUGCCCUUGUGUGUUGGUUGCAGGGUGAUGCUAACGCGGAACUUGUGGGCGGACGUCGGGCUCGUCAACGGUGCGCAAGGCACAGUCUACGACAUAUCCUGGAAAGAAGGUGCUGACGUGCUGCGAGACCCGCCCGAGGUCAUCAUGGUGGCCUUCGACGACUACGACGGCCCCGCCUUCACGAUGCCGAACGGGGAGCCGCUCCGCAGUGGAGAGAAGCUGGUUGUUCCCAUCCUCCGAGUGCGGCAGGACUUCAUGGUCGGCGCCAACUCAUGUUCAAGAGAGCAGUUCCCGCUGUUGGUCAGCUAUGCGAUCACCGUCCACAAGUCACGGGGCAUCACUAUCGACGAGGUUGUCUGCGAUAUCUCUGCGCCGGAGUUCGCUUCUGGUCUCUCCUACGUGGCGGUUUCCCGGGUGAAGACACUGGGUGGGCUAAUGUUUGAGAAGCCCUUCGACCGCAACAGGAUCUAUCGCGAGUCACCAUCACGAGCUAUGGGGUUGAAAUUGUCCGAUCACGCUAUCAGGCAACUGCAGGCGUUAGAUGCUGUGGCGAGAAGAGAUAGCGCCAAAGGGGCCACCAACAAACGCCGUCGCCGCAUGCCACCCGAGGACCGCAGCUAUAAUUCCACGAUAACACGUUUUCCCGUUGCGGGAUCUGUCGCGCCUCGUCGCGAUGGCUCGCAAAGAAAGGGCAAGGCCGCGCCCGGGACUGCGAAAAAUGCUACACAGGGGGAGCCUGCCCCACCUACCGAAGGAGCUCAACCAAUCACAACGAAGGACAGCGACGAAGAGAUGGAAGAUGACAUUUACAAUGGCCCCAACCCUCUACACGACGAAUCAGACGAGGUACUUGCAGGGACAAUAGUUCACUUGGCCAAGGAACCAAACGAGGCGGCCUCCCAAGUAGUGGCGGACGAGAUCAUGACACGGCUGCGGAGGCUGCGUAGACUGGAAAGCGGAAAGGCACCAGAGACGGGAAGCGUGGGAAUCGACGUUACGAGGAUUCAAGAAAGCAUCGUGGACGCCGUGGUGGACGGUGUCGGACAAGGGACAGGGAGGGCCAUGGAUGAAGUGAGAAAACAGAUGCAGGAGGUCCAGAAGGAGUUGCAAGAGGCCCGGAGGGAAUUGCAAGACCAGAGAAAGAAGCAAGCUCCUGCACCAGCAACAACGGUAGCCCGGUCGUGGGCUGCAGUGGUGGCUGGGGAAGGGGAGCUCCCGAAGAAGAUCAUACCGGGCGGCUCAACAAGGAAAUACUGUCAGGAAGAAUCGAAGAGGGCCUGCGAGGAGGGAGUGGUUUGGCGGGCCCAGAUGCUCAACUGCGAGUCGUACUGGUCUGCGCUGCAGGCUACCCAGUGCUAUAGGUGCUGGAAAUGGGGUCACACCCAACGGUUCUGCAAGAAGUCUGCGCUGUGCCCGCGCUGCGGCACAGCGGCCCAUGGGGGAGGCGGGAGGGCGGGGGAAGCCCAAUGCCCAACCCACGGCAACGAGAUUCCAUACUUUUGUCCGUGCUGCUCAGGGAAGCACCCGGCCUGGGUACGGUGUUGCCCGGAAGCAGUGAAGGCCCGGGGUGCGGCGGGGGAGGCAUACCAUUUCCGGCCUCGAACCUUUGAGCUUGCUUUGCAGCAACAAACACAACAGCAGCAAGAGAGACUACUACCGAGGAUGCGGAGCGUCACAUUCCGGGGUGCGUCCACCCUGGAGGAGGCCGACGAUGGCUUCCAAGAAGCGGGAAAAAGGAAGAGACCACGGGGCCGACCCCCCGGCUUUCUCAUAGCCCAGGAGGAGGCUGCAAGGAGUUCGAGGCAAGGAAAGCUGACCUUUGCGAGGAAGGUUGAUACGGAUCUGACCGGAUACCGAGGAGACGGUGUUGGGGGCCUAGGAGUUACGACUCCAGAGGCCGCGGAUACCUUGGAGGCGGACGGUCAGGAUGUCGGAAUGCAGGGAGCUGGGGACGCGACCGAAGCAAUACCACAGCAGCGAAUACUCCGGCCGCACAAAACCGAGAAACCUCUGAAUUAUGUUUGGUCUUCGCCAGAGACUUCCGACUCUUCUAACCAUGAGCUGCCUGAGUCCCCUGUGCCUCCCGAGUCUCCUGCAUCUCCCGUGCCUCCCGAGUCUCCUGCGUCUCCUGUGCCUCCUGAGUCUCCUGCUUCUCCUGGGCCUUCUAGGUCUCCUGGGGACGUCCACGACAGCAUCCCCGACGGCAAAUCCAUCGCCUCCAAAUGGCAUCUUCUACCCCGAGGAGUCCAGGGGCCCCAAGCCGACCUGGAACCCGCGCCACACUUGAUCGAGAAGUGGUACAAUAAUCCCUUGGUGGUCGGUCCUCUCGUGGAUUGGCACCGAGAGAUCGUAUCCCUUCGUCGGCCUGUGCACUUGGACACUCUCAAAACCUUCUGA